AGUACAUAAUAAAAAGAGAGAAGGAAAAAAAUAUUGAACUAAUCCGUGUCAAUAGUCUGUAACAUAGAGAAAUAAAGAAUAAAUAGAAAAGUACAAUCUUUUAAAACUUUUAAUUGCCUGGCAUGUCGUUUAUCCCUCUCUUUCUCUCUAUCUCUCUCUCCCUCUCCCUCUCUCUCUCUCUCUCUCUCUCUCUCUCUCUCUCUCUCUCUCUCUCUCUCUCUCUCUCUCUCUCUCUCUCUCUCUCUCUCUCUCUCUCUCUCUCUCUCCCUCUGCAGGUAUGUCCCAGGGCGGAGACCCCGGGUGCGAGGGCCGUCCCAGCCCCCGUUGCAUGGCCCUAUCGCGGGCAGAGGACCUCCGGGCGGAGCUGCUGAGGGCAGAGCAUCUGAAGGCCGAGGCCCAAUGGGAUGCGUUCGUGGACACGCCGUCGCCACGCAAAGUGGCGGCGGAGCGAGACGGCCGGUCCAAGCUGUCCCUGCGGCGCUUCUUCUCCUCCAUCGGGCUGAACAGCGUGGGCAAGCUGGUGAAGGGCCGGCGCUCCAGCAGCAUGGAGCAGCUCAGCCUGCCGGCGGACCCCCGCGGGGCCCCAGGCUCCCCCUCCCCAAGCCCCACGCGCCGACUCCCGGCCCCCGGCCGCCUCCAAAGGACCCCCUCGCUGCAGAGCCUGCACUCCACGGUGUUGCCAUUGGCCCAGCUGCGUAAGGCCUCCUCCGUGCAGAGUCUCGAGAAAAGAACUGAACGGUCGACUACACUGGGAGAAGUGCAGAUACCAUACGGCCUGGCACCCAGUCCUGCGAGCCCGCAGGUGGAGCUGCGUCGGGGUCUGAGCGUGGAGGAGGCGCCGGUCACCUCCAGGACGGUGCGUCCCGUCGGUAAGGUGGCCCAGGCCUCCCCCGACGGGACCCUCCUGCUGGAGCUCACCAGACCCCCCAACGAGCCCUUCGGCUUCCUCAUCUCCAGAGGCAAGGGCCGAGCGAACACAGGCGUGUACAUCGAGAAGGUGGGCAGCAGCAGCAGCAGCGGCGGCAGCAGCGUGGCGGGCCGUGGACGGGCCCUACGCGGGGCUCCUGGGCGUGGGUGACGAGAUCCUGCAGGUGAACGGCGAGCCGGUGGCGGGGCUGACCCUGGACCAGGUGACCCGCCUCAUGACCCGGCGCGAGAGCACCGCCUGCCUGCGCGUCAUGCCCUGCCGCCGCGGCGGCCCGCCCCUCAAACCCAAGCCCGCCGCGGGACACGCCCCGUAGGGGCGGGAAGGGGGAGGACCACAGCGCCGGGCGCUCGCAAAGUCACCGG